CUGCGGGCACCUAGUCGUCUGGCAAGACUGCGGGCACGAGUCGUCUGGCAAGACUGCGGGCACCGAGUCGUCUGGCAAGACUGCGGGCACCGAGUCAAACUGGGCGGAACAGCGGGCACGAGUCGUCUGGCAAGACUGCGGGCACCGAGUCGUCUGGCAAGGACUGCGGGCACCGAGUCGUCUGGCAAGACUGCGGGCACCGAGUCGUCUGGCAUUGGAUCGUCUGGCUCGACAGCGGGCAUCGGGUCACCAGGCAUCAGGUCAUUUGGCUCGCCAGCGGGCACCGCGUCAUCUGGCAAGGCAGUGGGCACCGAGUCACCAGGUACGACAGGGGCUCUGAGUCAAUUGGCACGACAGCGGGCACCGGAUCAGGUACCGGAUCAUCUGGAUCAACAGCGGGCAUCGAGUCAACUG